UUUCUUUUUCGGCUUCUAGUUUUAUAUGGUAAAGUAAUGUGCAAAGUGGGUGUGGAGGUUGUGGGACUGGGAGCACUAAAACUUACCGGGUUUCUUAAGGAGUUGAUGCAGCAGAACAAUAUUAGUUUUGAAUCGCUGUACACCGUUCGCACUUUGAAAGAGAAUCUCUGUUAUGUUGCCUAUGAUUAUGAGGCUGAGCUACUCAAAGAUACACGAGCAUCAUCUGACGCAGCAGGAGAAGGUCAGUUCACUCUUUCAAAAGAGCGGUUUCAAACAGGAGAAAUCUUAUUCCAGCCACGAAUGGCAGGAGUGUAAGUUCUGGAACUUAUAAUAUUUAUUGCUUCACGAGCACUGUCAGGAAAGUUCCAACUGUGUGGAUGCAUGUGAGUGUGUGUGUGUGCU